AUGGAUGCCGAUGUCGAUACGAUCGAUAUCGAUGGUGAUGAUGACGACGAAGAUGCUGGUAUGUUCAGCAUCGCCAAUGACUGCCAAAGUGAGGACGGCGAAGCCUAUACUGAUGAAGAAAACGUUCUGUCAGCAGUGCACACGAAGCGCACUGCUGUUGACAAGGAUGAAUCAGAAAAAGAAUUGCUGCUGACUCGGAAGCGGUUGUCCGCUUCGUUCAAGACUCUAUUGCAGAUGUACUAG